AUGCAUUCCGACGUCCAAUCGCUCAAGAUAUGCGUCAUCGGAGCCGGCAUGGGCGGCUUGACCUGUGCGCUUGCUCUUGCCCGUGCCGGUUUCAAGGACAUCACAGUGUUUGAAAUGGCAUCGAAUCUCGGCUUUGUCGGUGCAGGGAUACAGAUGGCGCCCAAUAUGGCUCGCAUUCUUGAGCGGCUCGGGGUGUGGGACGACAUCGCGAAAGAAGCUGUGGUGCUGAACGAGACAAGCAUUCGGCAGGGGGCCACAGAUUCCGAGCUCGGCCAUGUCGACCUGAAGUAUAUCCUUGAAGCAUAUGGCUUCCCGCAUACGGUCGGCCAUCGAUCAACGCUCGCCGGGGAGCUCUACAAUGGCUGCAAAAGAGAGUCGGACAAAAUUAAAUUCAACUUCGCAACGACGUGUGAAAACAUCAAAUUUGAGCCCAAGCCGACUUUUACCGCCAUUCCACGCAGCGGCGCGGAACCGUACAAGGUGCAAUGCGAUAUUCUGCUUGGAGCAGAUGGCGUCAAAUCAAACACGCGCGUUGCUAUGCUCAAGGAGCUGGAUGUUGAAGCAGACGUCAAAGACUCGGGUCAGGCAGCAUACCGAAUCAUGCUCAAUCGUGAACAAAUGGCGUCUGAUCCGGACCUGCUGGCUCUCAUAGAUGCAGACAAAGUGACCCGGUGGAUCGGCGAGAAGAGACACAUCAUCGCAUAUCCAGUGUCCAGGAAACAAAUAUACAAUAUCUCGACCGCACAGCCUGACGUUAACUUCGCUGCUGCUCCUUCGGCAACUUACACGACCAAGGGCUCGAAGAAAGCAAUGCUGGAAGUCUAUGCAGACUUUUGCCCAAUGAUCCAUCGAAUGCUCGAUCUGGUACCUGAAGGGGAAGUUUGCGAAUGGAAACUGAGAGUACAUGCGCCUCUACCGACGUGGGUUAUGGGGUCGAUGGCGUUGGUCGGGGAUGCGUGCCAUCCAACUUUGCCGCAUCUUGCGCAGGGUGCCGCGCAGGCCAUUGAAGACGCUGCGGUCCUCGCCGUGGUCCUUUCUCACCUUCCGUCCGGCGCUACGCCUGCAGACAUCAACAAGGCUCUCAAGUUGUACGAGAAGGUGCGGAAAGAGCGUGCGGAAACGCUAGUCGAGCUAGCCGCGGCGAACGGGAGAGCCCUGCAUCUGGGCGAGGGAGCGGCGAAGGAGGAGCGCGACAGGCAGUUCGCAGCUCUCAAGGCGGGUAAAGGGCCCGUGCCGGACAAAUGGGCAGACGCCGAUGUUCAAAAGAUGGUCUAUGGACAUGAUUGUAUGAAGGAGGCAGAAGAUUUGGCCAAGGCUGAGAUGUCCUGA